UCUUCCGCUACUCUUUGCCUGGCUAACUCAUGUUCAUAGUUCAGGGCUCACGCAAAGGGCACCUCCUCCGGGAAGCCUUCCCUGAUCAUCUCCCCAGUUCCGUGCUCCCCAUCCACCUGAUUAUGGGUCUGUCUCCCCUUCUGGACUGUGAAACCCUGAGGGCGGGAAGCAUGUAGACUCCGUUCCUCCUCAUCUACCUUUAGUACCCGGCUCAGUGCCUGGCAACAGGGUCAAGAGCGAAUGAAUGUUUGUUGAAUGAAGAAACGAGAGCGAACGGAGCAGAGGGUGGAAAGGAGACGAGGCUGACGGCAGCCCCGGCAGCUGAGGAGGGUGGUUUCAGGCAGGCGGAGCUCAGCACAGCAGCCGGCACCCGGCGGGUCCCCGCGAAACGGCGGCUGACGUUGAUGGGAGGCCUCCUCCGCGCCAGGCGCUCUUCCAGGUUCUUCUACCCUGGCCUAAUGGCAUUCUCCAGCCCAGAAGUAAUUCCCACUGUCAUUCCGACGUUCCAAGGACGCCAGGAAACUAUCAAAUGUCGGAGCUGAGCUGGAGGAGUCGGAGUCCAGAGUUUCCAUGGCAACCCCAGCCACGUGUCCAGAGCUUCCCGAGGGUGGACACCGGGCCUCCCUUUGGACUCCCUGGGUGCCUGGUGCACCGUAGGCACCAGCAGAGCAAACAGGCCACCGGCUGCGGGCAGAAGGGUGCCUCCCUCCCCGCCCCUUCCCCCCCCACCGCCAUGAGGGAUCUGAGCACCACCCAGAGCCGAGCCUGCUGGCAAGAGCACAUCCAGAAGGAGACCACAGCCCGGGGCGCCUGGAAGAUCAACUACGGCCACAAGUACCUGAAGGAGGGGCCCAUGCCCAGGAAGCGGCUCCAGCGGGCCCGCCUCAGGUUAGCCUUGGGAGCAGGGCCCUUGGCUGUCACCAGCUCCCCUGAGAGCAAGGAGGUACAGGAUGGACGGCCAGAGACCAAGGGGGUCCGGCAUCAGCUGUCCAGGGGAGUGGGCGCCCAGGGCUCCCCGCCCAAGGGAGACAAGGUCUGGGAGGCCCAAAGAGGCCCUCAGGGUCCAGCAGUCCAGACCAGGCCAGAGGGCUUAGAAAUGUGGCAGGUCCCCCCCAGCACCCUGCAGCUGCUCUUCCAAGGCAUCUCCCACGACGGCCAAGGCCGGGCCUCGUACCUCCGCGAGCGGCAUCGGAGAAGCCGGAGAAGUUUCUGUACCCGAUCUUGUCAUCCUGGGAGUACGGCUGGCACAUGGGGGACACCAUGAAGGACGCCAGGGCUCCAACGUAUGCCAGGUGCCAGCCCAUCUCAAAGACCUUUUACAUCAAAAGUAGCGUCUUCCGGGGCGCCUGGGUGGCUCAAUUGGUUAAGCGACUGCCUU